GAGUUGUUUUCGUGGAGCCUUUCCUCCAGUAGAUUUACGUGCAGUUUGCUUUGUACGAGCCAUAUUUUAAGAAGUCGAUGUAGUACGGAUACACAAGACGGUCUAAAAUGCACUAUCGCGCCAAAGUUUUAUUUCUCAUAUUGAUUGACAGCUAAGGUUCAAAACAAACCAUUUGAUUGGUGCUAAGAAAGUAAUUUCUGAUUGGCUGCAUAAUGACAUUACGCUCAUUACUUUAACAUUUUUAUAAAAUCUGUGUUUUUUGGCUACGGGAAAACGGCUGUAUCUUCUGAUACACAAAAGCUUUUGACUUUUUUUUUUUUUAGUAAGUAGCAGAAGGUUUGGCGAAUUCCAACGAUGCCAAAUUUAUUGCCUUACUGAAACAUUAAGACCACGAAUUUUUAAAAAAACUACAGUUUUACUUAAAAAAAUGUACAAAAUGUUCGGAACAUUUUGUAAUGACGCAACUCUAUUGGUUAAUUAGGGUGUUUCCACGAGCAGUAGGUAAUUUUAUGGCCUCUUUUUAAAGCUGUCUGAAUUCUGUUAACUCAAACGUUGUUUUUGUACUCGUUCUGUACGCAACUAUAUCAAUAUGUCUGGACGCGGAAAAGGAGGUAAAGGAUUGGGAAAAGGAGGUGCUAAACGUCACCGAAAAAUUCUUCGUGAUAACAUUCAGGGAAUCACAAAACCUGCUAUUCGACGUCUUGCUCGACGAGGUGGUGUCAAACGUAUCUCUGGCCUUAUCUAUGAGGAAACCAGAGGUGUACUGAAGGUUUUCUUAGAGAAUGUUAUUCGUGAUGCUGUAACCUACACAGAGCACGCUAAACGCAAGACCGUUACCGCUAUGGAUGUUGUUUAUGCCUUAAAACGUCAAGGAAGAACUCUUUACGGAUUCGGAGGUUAAGCGUUGUCAUUGCUCAACAAAAACGGCUAUUUUUAUAGCCACAAAUCUUUUAAAACAUUACUUUGUGCACGCUUCCAAAUUACACAAUGUGUAAAGUCUUGUCACAGUUACAUUUAUUGCUAUACGAUACUAUGUCAUAUAUGACACAAAAAAAAUUUAGAAAUACUUUGUAGGGUUAAUUUGCCUGGGAGUGUUUCCGUGAAAAGCUGGGUUAAGUUAAAUGUAAGCAAUAACAUGGAUCAAUGUACUUG